CGCUCCCCUGCACGAGGCCCGCGUAGUAAAUGUGGCGGCCAUUGGGCGCAGCGCUGGACUGACUCUCUGCUGUUUUCAUUCGCUUCAAAAUGGGGUUGUCGGAGGAGGGAGAGGAGAGUGUCCUGCAGCGAUUUGAAGAAUUAUGCAUGGACUUGAAUAUGGAUAAAAAUGCUAAGGAAGAAGCCCUGCAGAAUUACCACAGGAUUCAGACGAACUUCACGCUGGAGGGGGAUCAGCUUCACUGGUUAGCCUGCGCUCUGUACGAAGCCUGUCGACGGAGUGUGGUGCCGACUGUAGGCAGGGGAACAUCGGAGGGCAACUGUGUUUCUCUCACACGUUUGCUUCGCUCGGCCAAGUUCAGCCUCAUUCAGUUUUUCAGCAAAAUGCGCAAAUGGUCAGACAUGGCAAACCUUAGUCAAGACUUCCGUGAUAAAGUCGAUAGACUUGAGAGGAAUUUUGCAGUGUCCACAGUCAUAUUUAAAAAAUAUGAGCCAAUCUUCUUGGACAUAUUUCAAGACACAGUUGCAGAUACCCCAAGGCAGCAACGAAGUAGAAAACAGAGGCGCCUACCUUGCUCUGUUAAUGAUGUCUUCAGCUUUGCCUGGACCAUGUUUGUGCAAGUGAAAGGAAACUUUCCUGCUAUAAGUGAUGACUUGGUCAAUUCAUAUCACCUACUUCUUUGCUGUGUGGACUGGUUUUUUGCAAAUGCUCUCCUUGGAGGCCGCAAGGAUCUUCUCAAGCCAGAUUUUGCUGGUUUACCAGAGAACUUCCACAGUCGGGACUGGAAGCCACCAACUGAAGCCCCAUGUCUUGUGGAAUUACUUUGCCAAAAGCAUGAGGGACUGGUUGUGGAGGCCAAAACUAUCAAAGAACACUGGUGGAAACCUCACAUUAAGCGCUUGUUUGAGAAGAAGGUACUGAAAGGCAAGAUAGACACUCUUUCUUCGAUCUUGGAAAUAGGAAAUUUUGAAUACAAUGUGAAAUUCAUCAACACUGCCUACGAAGAAUAUGUUCUAAAUAAAGGGGAUUUUGAUGAACGUAUUUUUCUGGGAGAAGAUGCAGAGGAAGAGAUAGGCACGCCAGGUGCAAAAACGGGGGCAGAGCUGUCACAGCAGAUGCAGCUAAAGCGGUCAUUGAAGCAACAUGUUGAGGAGACCCGUACUCUGGCACCAGCCACCCCACUCACUGGCCGUCGGUACCUGAAAGACAAAGACCCUUGCCAUGUGACUCCAGUUUCUACAGCAACACAGAGUGUUAGCCGCCUCCAGGCACUUCUUUCAGGAAGGAAAACUUCCCCAUCUGACUAUCUGUUAGAAGAGUUCAAAGAAUGUAGCAAAACUCCACUGCAGGAGAUAACUUCACGUGUCAAAGAAAUGGGAGAAAUAUUUUGUAAAUAUUAUGUGCAGCCAUCAGACAAUUGUCCUGCAGGUCACAUUGACUUCGCUCGAAAGAGGCUGCAGCUUGGAGAAAGUCUCUACUACAAGAUGCUGGAGAGCAUUGUCACUGGGGAGAAAAAACGUCUUGUGUCCUCACUAAAGGAACAAAAGGUUGAUCUUACCGGUCUUCUGGGCCAUGAUCUUUUUCACCGGUCCCUCUUUGCUUGCUGCCUGGAGAUAGUCAUUUUCUCCUACAAUUCACAGAGAAUGUUUCCCUGGAUUGUGGACAUUUUUGACCUCAGUCCCUACUAUUUCUAUAAAGUGAUUGAGAUCAUCAUUAGAGCAGAGGAGGGUCUGUCGCGAGAUGUCGUGAAAUACUUAAAUCAUAUUGAAGAAAGCAUUCUUGAAUGUUAUGCCUGGAAAAAUGAGUCCCCGUUAUGGGAGGCUAUUAGAGAAAGUUCAUCUGUCCCAACGUGUGAAGAUGUAACGCCAUCAACCAUUCCACCAGAAGCAAAGGUAACAGCAGUGACCACCUCCCCAGCUCAACAUCCUCGAGUUCGAAGUCUGGUGACUGAAGUCAAACCAGGAAGGCCACUUUCUGGACGUUCCAUUCUUCCAAGACCAACCGACCCACUUAGCUCACCAACUGGCCCAUCAGCUGCUGAUAUAUUUAGCUCUCCUCAGCCUGGGAGUGCAAAGCGACGCCUUUUUGCACCAGUUACUGUUAGUGCCUCAGGAAUAAGUGGAGGUGAGCCUGUUCUUCUCCAGCAGUUGAACAGUGGUGUGGCAGAUACUGUUGCUGCAAGCACUCGCAGUGCAUCUGCUCAGCAGCAGGCAAGUGGGAAUACACCUCAGACUCUCAUGGCUUACACCAAUGAUGGCAGACAGAUUCUGAUUGUGCAUGGCAAUGCCAUUACAGUAACACAUUCUCCUAAAAAGUCUGUCAAACCAAAGAAGACUGGCUCACUUGCCCUUUUUUUCAGAAAAGUCUAUCACUUGGCAAGUGUGAGGUUGCGGGAAUUGUGUGAUCACCUUCAAGUGCAUGAUGAAGACUUGCGGAGCAAGAUGUGGACGUGCUUUGAAUAUGCCCUGACAAAAUGCACUGACCUCGCAUGUGAUCGUCAUCUGGAUCAGAUUUUGAUGUGUUCUGUCUACAUAAUGGCGAAGGUUACAGAGCGGCCACUGAACUUCCAGGACAUCAUGAAAUGCUACAGAUUCCAGCCUCAGGCACAGAGUCAUGUAUACAGAAGUGUGCUGCUAAAUGGACGCAGGCGCCAUACAUCUGGCAGCAGCAAUGGCAGUGGGAGUGCCACCAGUCGCUCCUCCUCUCCUGUGGAGAGAGAUGACAGUAGGGGUGAUCGGGAACGCAGAAGAACAGAGACACUGACAUACAUGCGAUCCUCGUCAACACUUCCUGUUCCUCAGCCUAACAGUCAGCCACCCACUCCUACAAGACUUGGUGGAUCAGGUGGUGCCUUUGACUUUAAUACGGAGGAGAGAGGCGACCUUAUACAGUUUUAUAAUACAGUUUUUACAGAUAGAAUGAGGAAGUUUGCAUUGAAAUUCUCAGCACAGAACCAAUCAGGGGAUCAGCCCAAACUAUCUCCGUUGCCUCAAAUGCGUUCACAUUCUGGUUCAGCAAGGCGGGUGUCCAAUAACCAUGAGGUGUAUAUCUCUCCUCACAGAACUACCAUCCCAAAAACAACUCCAAAAGGCAUGUCUUUCUGCAUCAAUAAAUCACCUGCUAAGGACUUACGUGCAAUCAACACAAUGAUACGCAUGGGUGAUUCCAAGAUGGUCACCUCUCACAAGAGGUCUCUAGAGGUAGAUCACGAUGAAGAAUCCCUUGAAAGUCCUGCCAAGCAGGCAUGUGUUCCUGGACACCCCUUUAUUAGACGACUUCAGGAUGUCAGUCUAGAUAGGCAGGAGCUGGAAGCCAAGAGCAUUGCAUCCUAAGAGAUGCAUGUGUCACCCUGGACAUCAGAUGGCUCUGCACUUCCAGCAAAUUACUAGAAAAAAAUUCCAGCAUGUUUUUUUUUUUUAAUAGAAAAGGGUACUAAAAUCCUAAAUGUUAUUUUAAGUUUAAAUAAUUUAUCUUUCACCUGUUUUGCAUGCAGUGUUAAGCUGGAGUAGCAAACAAUUUUAAAUCAUGUAAUUCUCCUCACCUAAAGAGUAUUUGAGAAUGUGAUAUAGGGAAAAAAUAAAGAGAGAAACGUGUUUUAACUGCAUUUGGAUCAGCUGUCUGUAAAGCAGAUGAUUUCUUUAAAGCCUUUGUGCAGUUUUAGCAUUGAUGUGUUUCCAUUUGAAAGCAGUGAAGCAGUCUUCUCUUGCAUUUCAUCUUAUGAUCUCAUUUCUGUGCAACCAGCUGGCCAGUAGCCUGUGGUGCAAAUGUGUGCAGUAAUGUUAAUGGUUGCACAGGACCAUUGUGAUAGGGUAAAGCAGUCUGUGUAGGAAAGAUUCUGGGAAAGACAGAUUUCUGUAAAAGUGUUUAAAAAUUAAACUGUAUGCCCCAGAGCAUGAUGAUGUGAGGUAAUCAAUCAUUGGUAUGACCAUUGCAGAGAGUUUUUAUGUGUUGUUUAGGUUGCAUCAUCUCAAGGCGAUGGCUUUGCACAGAGAACCUUUCCGAGUUUUAUUUUAACCUAAGUAUAUGUAAUAUUUUUGUUUAGCUUAGAUUAGAAACUUUAUUGUUUGUUUUAUCAGAAUGUGGAAUAGCUCAGACAGUUCCGGUCUGCCCUUUCCUUUUAAAAGAAGACUGGUCUUUCAGGCACUGUUACAUCUGCUUAGUAACUUGCAUGAAGUAUUGAAUAUUGUUCUAGCUUAAAUGUUAGAAACCUAAGUCAUGUUUCCUGAUGCAAUAAAAAUUGUACAGUCUCUGCCCCCACCCCCCCCCCCCCUUUUGUUUUCCUACCCAAUUUUCAAGUCACUUUUUUCACAGCUAAAAAAAAAAUAAAACAGUUACUUUAGCACAUUUUUAUUUAUUUGUUGUUUUUUGUUUUUUUUGUUGUUAAUUGUUGGACUACACUUUUUUCUUUAUAGGUUGUUUUGACAUUUUAGCUUCAACAGUGUAUGUUAGCUGCUAUCAGUCUUAUAUAUUUUAAAUUUGGUAGGAAGCUGCUUUUUUUUUGUUUCUGAGUAAUAGCUACUAUCCAUUCAUUUUUAUAGCAGAUAGGAAAGAACUGCUUUUAUAAUGUGCAGCUUGAGUAAGUUCAACAUGUGAAAAAGCUUCAUUUUGUCACGGGACAAAUAUUUUAUGUGGUAUGUAUGUUUUUCAUUUGGCACUGUGCAUGAUUCGCCUGUGUUGGGUGCAGGUAUUGUGAAGCAUCGCAAAGGUUGGAUUCUUUUCUGACAAGCCUGUUUUUCUGUUUAUGCUGUAUUUUUACACUUUGGUUAUAAGGUUAAGUUUAAAGUAGCUUCCUAAUGUCUUUUUUUGAGGGAGGAGGUGAGUGAGGCCACUCUUUUCUUGGAGCCAGCAUUUUUGUACCAGGUGAUCCACAAUGUUUUGCCUGGUUGUCUUUCCUUACCCAGUCUUGUGAAAGAAAGAUAACCAUUCAACAGAUGUCAAGGUGGGUCAUACCCAUUAAACAGGUGGGUCAGCUGGGGAAAGUACUCUGUACCACACAUGAAACUGGUUUGUAUGUGCACCUCAGACACUGGUACUUUCACCACAUCCAUUCUGCUGGGCAGAAUGCCUCAGAACAGUGGUGGUACUAAUUAAUAUUUUUCAUUCUUCUACAUAUUUGGAGGAGUGUUUUACCACUUAAUUGCUUUUUAUGGAAAAUCAGUUUAUUAGACUGCCACACUUUGAAACAAGUGCUGAGCAUGUUGAUAGCUUUAGUAAACCUUGAGCUAGAGGUAAAAUAGGUUGAGUUUUUUUGGUAAUAUUUUUGAAAUAGUAAAAAGGACUAGUUUUCUUUUCAUUUGACAAGCAGUUUUCAGAUCUUCACAGCUUUAAGAACAAAAACAUAAAGUUGCAGACAGGAGAGGUAUGCUUCUGUUCAGGAAAAGUAAACGUCUCAGUUAAACAUGUAGACAUGCUAGUUAAUAAUAACAGUUCUCUUGUAUAGCACCUUAUCCUUCCCGUUGGACAAGCACAAGGCGCUUCACAAAUGAUAAAAGUUGGUGUGACGUCAAAAUAAGGUGGUGACAAAACAAAAUCACAUAAGUGUUUAGCAGCUUGUGUAUUGUAUCCUUGCCAAAGGGCAGCAUCCACAUACAACAUGAACCACAAACUGCAACCCAAAUAUCAAACAAACCAUGCAUAGCAAAUGUAGUUCCUAAUAGCACAUCCAACGGAUGGCAUCGAUCGCCCUGGAACGACUAAUGAGCCCCAGCACAUGCAAAAGUGAACUAAUCAACAAAGGUCAAGCAGACAUAAAGCCCACAGAACUACGCUCAUUGUGAAAUAUGCUUGUUGAAAAGGAACCAAAGGCAAUUAAACAGAAGAGGCAACACAUUCCAAACACGCGACGGCAGGCCCAUCAGAAACAAUCACAAGGAAGGCAUCCUAUAAGACAAAAAUACCACAGAGCUCUACCCCCUCUAGCCAGUUAGGCAAAGAGACAUCACAUUUGUGCAGUUUUCGACACCAUUUCCUCCAUUAAUGGGGAUUUGAAAUGGAUAUUUUUUCAAUGUUGUUUUUCUUUUUAAACUUUUUACAAGAAAUAUGCAUUUUGCUUAUGUGUCUUAAUAUUCUUGUGAUAAGAUUUAGACAAAAAGGAGCUCCAAGAUUCUUUAGGUAAUUAAAUGUAAGGUAAGGUCAAGGUCCCCAUACCUUUUCAGGUUGCUUGGGGAGAUGAGGUGUUAAAGACCUCACUAUUAUUGGGGCCAGCUUUACUUUAGGGCAGUGCCCAUCACCUCUCCCUCUUCCCCAACCCUCUGUGGAGUCAGGUACCUAUUUCUGGUUGAUGGGGGAGGGUGAGGGGGUUUGCUGCGCUACUUCGGUAUCAAACCAGCGCACCUUUCAGUUCGGAUGCUACCACCCAGCUAUCCAAUAUGGCAACAUUUGACAUGCAGCUACAGGAAACAGACAUUGGGAAGGAAAUGAGAAGUGUAAUAGUAAUUUAAAUAUUUCCAUAUUUGUCGUAGAUUAUCACUUACUGAUAACUCUUGAAAAUAAGGGAACAAGAACAGCAAAAAUGGGCAUUUUUUUCCCUGUGAAUGAGUUAUAAAUGUUAAUACAAAACUUUUCAUUCAUAUGGUGAAAUUUGUCGUUACAUCUGUUCUUAUGGGUUUUUAAAAACAAGUCAUGGUUUUUAUACUGCAUGUCAGUUUUGUUUCACAGACACUUCAUUUUGUGGCUUCUGCGAGAAAUUUAAUCUUUUUCAUGUCCUUUUAUUAACUAGUUUCAUCUGCAUGUCUCUACCAAUAAUAAAAAAAAGUCUAAAUGACUUGGUCACAAUCGCCCAGGACUUGCACCACAUAAAAUGUCAUUGAGUUAGAGCAUUUGCUGAGAAACAGGACUGAUUUAAUGAUUUUGUCUAAAUUUUGUUUGUUUCUGUCCCUGGUUUUUUUCUCUCUCUUCUUUAACACAUUUAAGUUAUGUAAAAGUCAUUAAAAUAAAAAUUUAUUGUCUUAAAUAGAAUGAGAAUGUAUUUUGGCAUGCCUCUGCUUGCACAAUAUUUUUUACUUCAAUUAAAUGGUCAAUUUGCAUGUACAAUUGCUAUUCUUGAAUGGUCUAGAAUUUUGAAGGUUACAGAUGUGCGAUCUUUUAUAACAUCUUGAUUUGUUUCCCCUGUAUGGUCUUUAUAGUAUGCACCAGGAGUGCUGGAGUAAAGAUUUUUUUUUGAGGGAAAGGGGCUCAUAUUUCAAAAUGCUUAUGCUGAGGCUGUAGCUGGGGGUGAUAUGUGAUCUAAUCAUUGCCAGAUUGCAGUUAGGCAUAGAAUUUGUCCAUUUCAAUGAAUGGUGAAGGAUCCAAGUGCCAGAUGAUUAAGAGAACAAAAUUUAAUAGCUUGAGCAAACAGUAACUUGAGCAUGUGUUCUCUGUUUGCAAACUCACUAGGUGCAUUACUAAAGAUAAUAUUUUUAAUAUGUCACGGGUGAUGUGAAUAUCUGGAAUGAUCAGGAAACUUAAAUUUUUUGACAUUUACAAAGUUUUUUCAUGAUCUUUGGCCUUUUUAAAAAUAGCUGUAGGGCUACACUAGGUGAGGUUCCCAGCUGUGUGACAUGGCAGCUAAUUAGGAAGAGUCACUAGUGAAGGGAAGGCAGCUUUGUUACUACUGUGAUACAUACAACAACAUGUGAGAGAUGCUUUGUUACUACAUACAUGUGAGAGAGAAAUGCUUUGUCACUGCAUACAACGUGUGAGAGAGAAAUGCUGGCAAUUCAACAGCAAAGGGCCACAGGUGCCUGCUCUUCAUCCUAUAUGGCUUACCAUCUGUGCCACAGAUUGCUAUCAGAAUACAGAAGAGGAAAUCGAGAAAAAUUGGGAGUCUGGGGUAUGAGAACAUUGUUCUCAUGCUCAAGCUAUUUUUUUUUCCUUUCAAACUUCCUCCCUCUACCCACCUCCCAAAACCCACUGACAUUGUCAAAAAAAAAAAAAAAAAAUUGUAUAUAUGCAUGCAAGUAUGCAUGAGAAAAUAAGAGGGAAGAGACGUGAAUUAAGGUAAUCUUAUUUUCACUCAUUAUAUUGACUGCCUAAAAUUUGAGCAGUAUUUUUCUAGGCUGAAAGUGUGUGCAUGGGAUAGUUGCUUCCAUAUUUUUUGUGAUUAUAUUUGAACAUGAGUUUUUCAUACAUCACUAAAUGUUGAAAUAUUUGGCAAACAGUAGCACUCGAGAUGGAGAUCUGUCAGAGCUAUUAGAAAUUUUAAAUCAAAUGAAAACUUCACCAUGGCAAAUUGUGCAAAAACAGCUGUCUACAGAGAUAGUCUAUUGUGCUAUUGCAAUCUGGCUUUUUUGAUUUUGUAGUUGUUUUUAAGAAAAGCUACUAAGAUAUUUUGCAUUCUGCAUUUCAGUACUUUAAACAGGUAUGUAGUAAUACUAUUCAACUCCUCAUGUUCAUUCGGGUUUGUCAUCACAAUUGCCUACUUAUUCAAUUUAGACAUUUUUCUUGCUCAUUUUGGCAUUAUCUUUGUCAGUAACUGCCAAACAAGUUGUAUAUUGCCUUAUCCGAAGCUUUGACUCCAUUGUUUAGAAUACUAAAGAAGUUGGAUUAUCUUUUAGCCCUUAUGUCAUCCUCAUUGAAGUUCAGUGUACUCAAAUGUUCUUUUCCCAGAAUUAUGCUUUAGUCUUUUGUGUAAAUUGGUUGUGCUGCUGCAGUUAUUGAGCAAUUUUGUCCACAAAGGGACCAAACAGGAAUAAAAUCAGCUAUCUUCACAGAUUCUGAAUUUGUACAAUUUUUAUUGCCUUGACUUGUUUUUCGUUUUUUGUUGUUUUUUUUUUUUUGGUCUUCUGGCAAGGUGACAAAAGUUUCUUAAUUGAAAAAGUUAUUUAAUUUAAGAGAUACUGUCAAUGAAUGUUUAUAUUAAUCUUUUCUUUUAGCUAAUGAAAAAAGAUGUCAAAUGAUUUUUAAACGCUUUUUAUUUUUUUAAAGUGGCUGUGUCUGUUAGUUGAUAUGCAUUAGCAGGAAGAACAUAUUUACUUCAGAUUUGUUUAGAAUAGUUAAAGUGUUUUUCACAGUGUAUGGUUGAAUACAUCUUUCUUCAGUGGAAUUAAUCUAAAGCAUUAUGGCUUUACUUCAUCACCUUGAGAGAUGGGUGGCUGAUGAUAAAGAUUACAAAGUUUUUAAGCACAUUUGAGUGUUAUCAGCUCAGUGCUUUGAUCUUCUGGUAUGAAUUUUAGUUCAGAUGUCAGUAUUUUUUCUUUUUGAUAUAAGGCUAGAUUUUUUUUCCAAAUAGCAGCAAAUUGUAUUUCUUACUUGGAGCAAAGCUGCAGUCUGCAAAUGUGUCAUUUUUGUGAGAGUGCAAAGUAUGACUGAAAAGUUGCCAAAACUGGGAAAGAAGAUCCAUUUUGAAAUAUACAUAUUUGUUGAUGUACAUAUAGAUAUGUAUAUAUACUUGCAUUGAAAAUAUCACCCAUGUCAUCCAUCUAAUAAUCAUGAAUGUACAUAUAUAGAUACUAUGAGGGGAUGUAUUUGAGUAGAACAGUUGCAUCCUUUUGCAUUUGAAAAGUACAAUGUAUACAGAAUUAAAUAAUGCAAACUUGA